CUUCUCCCUGCGAAGAGAUAUUUUGAAUACGGUGAAGUCUCAUAAAUUCUUUCGAUACGUUCAUGGGAGAUAUUUGCAAGAGCCAUUUCUGACCAUGUGCGACCCUUCGGUUCAAUCAAAAGUCCAAAACCCUUCUGCCUGCUUACAGAUCGGAGUGCCGAGCGUGGGUCUCGUUCUCGUCUCGCCUGCGCCACGCUUUCGACUGACAUUCUGGGGAAAGGACAACGGACGACGCCUCAAACUCUCUAUCUAUCAUUUACUAAUUAUCGCUCUCUCUCUUUCCCUCUCUCCUUUUCUUCCCCGUGGACCUCCCACCCCUCCCGGUCCCUGAAUCCCUUCUUUCCCUUUCUUAAUCCUUUUUUGCCUAAAUUCCUCUCUUUUAGUCGUUCCUGCCUUCUCUCGGAUCUGGGAGCAUGUUUGCGACUAUCACUCCUUUUCCAUCCAGAUCAUGAUCCCGCUUAGUCCGGUAUCUGUGACCCGGUCCAACUCGUACGGCUCCCCGGAGCCCCAGAUCCUCUAUCAUGGGCAACGACACUAAGUUCGAAUACGAAGCCCUCCCUAUUCCCUCCUACGAAGAGGCCGUGGGUGCCCGCCCAAGCUCCUCCCGAUCUGACCUCGGUCCCGAAGCGCACGACGAUUCCGAGAGGCAAGGUUUGCUUCACAAUGUCGACGAUGCCACUUCCCGCGAUGAUCCCAGACCCACACCUCAUGGAUACCACCCUCCUACGGUCGAGUCUGUUCGAGAUAGCCUGGAUGGCCUCGACUCCGCGAGCGGCGGCUCGGAAAGGGGCUCACUCGAAGAGUUACAGCGAGAAUUAGCGCAGAUGGAUGUGGAGGAUGGUGGUCAACAGUCGUCUCAACGCUCCCGUUUGUUAGGUUCUCGAUUCUCCAAGCGGUUCAGUAAUUUCACACGGUCCCUAUCCGCCAUUCGCCUUCCUAGAUUCCUACCGACCUUCCGCCUCACCGUUGACCUUAAUGGCGCUCGUACAAAUCUGCAGACGCACGGGUGCAUGAUUAUGCUGCGCUUAUUCGGACUCUUCUUAGUAGUUACCAUUGUCUAUAUCUUCUUUAUAUCAGACCUCUUCAACAUGAACUCGCGAUUUAUCAUGGGCCAGUCCUAUAGUGCGACAUCUGUGGAGAAUUUCGUCCAAAGUCACGUCAACGAAACGAAUAUUGCGGAGAAUUUGAGAAGAGUGACUAAGUUUCCUCAUAUGGCUGGUACUGAAGGAAGUUUUGUGCUGGCGGAAUGGAUGGAGCAGGAGUUCAAGACCGCAGGCUUAGAUGAGAUCGAGAUGGAGGAGUUCCAGGUAUAUUUGAACUAUCCCAGAAAGGGUGGAAGGAGAGUCGCUAUUGUGGACCCUCCCGAUCUAUCCUGGGAGGCUAGCCUUGAAGAAAAUGACGGGAAAACGCCCGUGUUUUAUGGGCAUUCCAAAUCGGGAAAUGUCACUGGCCCAAUUGUCUACGCCAAUUAUGGUUCUCGGGAAGACUUUCAAUACCUUGUUGAUCAAGGCGUCACUGUGAAGGGCUCUAUAGCACUCGUCCGGUAUUACGGAUCAGAGUCUGAUCGUGCAUUGAAAAUCAAAGCCGCUGAAUUAGCAGGUGCAGCGGGGUGCAUCAUCUACUCAGAUCCCUCCGAGGAUGGCUUCGUUCGAGGACCAGCCUAUCCGGAUGGACGCUUCAUGCCGGAAGACGGUGUUCAAAGAGGCGGCGUGAGCCUGAUGUCUUGGGUAGUGGGAGAUGUUCUCUCCCCAGGUUUUGCUUCCACACCGGAUGAGAAGAAGAGGCUCAAGCCGGAGGAAAGUCAAGGGUUGACUGGCAUUCCUAGCAUACCUAUCGCCUGGCGCGAUGCCCAGAGGCUUUUGCAGGUUAUCAAGGGUCAUGGCUCUCAGGUGCCUGCCAAAUGGGUUGGUGGCGUUCCUCAUACUGACCAGUGGUGGACCGGAGACGAAAACUCCCCCAAAGUCAACCUUAUGAAUAUACAGGACGAGGAGGAAAGGCAGCCUAUUUACAACGUGCUCGGGAGAAUCAUCGGCCUAGAACAACCGGAAAAGAAGAUCAUUGUCGGCAAUCAUCGAGAUUCAUGGUGUCUAGGAAGCGCAGAUCCGGGUAGCGGCACUGCGGUUUUCCUUGAGGUUGUGCGAGUCUUUGGCGAGCUCCGUACCUUCGGCUGGCGCCCGCUCCGUACUGUUGAGUUUGUCAGCUGGGAUGCAGAAGAAUACAACAUCAUCGGAUCAACAGAACACGUGGAAAAAGAACUGGAGGCACUCCGUGACAAUGCGUACGCUUAUAUGAACGUUGAUGUUGGCGUUAGCGGUAACGAAUUCGAAGCUUCGGGAUGCCCGGUUUUCGAACGUGUUGUUACUCAGAUUCUCGGACGCAUAUCAGAUCCGGUAGCCAAUGAGACGCUGAAAGAUAUUUGGGAAAAGAAACAGAAGAGGCUCGGGCCCCUCGGCUCUGGAAGCGAUUAUGUAGCGUUCCAAGAUAUCGCUGGAACAUCCAGCGUGGAUUUUGGAUUUGUUGGGGAACCGUACCCCUACCACAGUUGCUAUGAGAACUAUGACUGGAUGGUACAGUUUGGGGACCCAGGGUUUCAGUAUCACAAAGCUCUGGCCCAAUUCUGGGGCCUGCUCAUUCUUCAGUUCGCGGACACUCCGGUCCUUCCCUUUGAUUUGGAAGUAUAUGCCGACCGUAUUGCUUCGUAUGUUAUUGACUUGGAGAAGUACGCCAAGUCCCAGGAUGUUCCGAUUACCCACGGCUCUUCCAGUGACCACAGCAGGCGUGAGGUUGCCGUCACAUUCAAGCCUUUAUAUGAUGCUGCAACCAAGCUGAAAGAUGAUACAGCGCAGUUCCAAGAGUGGGCCCGAGUCUGGCAUGACACAGUUUUGGGCUCUAGUGGCUUUGAGAACAAUGUGAUAGCAGUUCAGCGGAUGGAGCACAAUGCUCGAAUGGCUCGCUUCGAUACCCAUCUUCUGGAUGAUAGGAAAGAUGGCGGCGUGCCGAACCGUACACAAUUUAAACACGUCGUUUUCGGGCCUCAGCUAUGGUCUGGAUAUGAUGCGACAUUUUUCCCUGCCAUUCGGGACAGUAUCGAUUCACGCAAUUGGACACUAACUCAGGAGUGGAUUCACCAAGUUUCCGACAUCCUACGCACUGCAGGUGACAAACUCUUGCAUGACUGAGCCAUUCUGACUCGCCUUUUCUUUCUCAUUCACAAAACGUCGCAAUCCUUCGGCAUCUUCUCCUUAUUCUUCGAUAUGAACGUUCGGUGAAUCUUUUUUUGCAUUUAAAACACAAUUUAGACUUCCUUCCGCUUAUUUUAGCGACUUUUGUAUAUGUCUAUCCGUGUUCUUAUCUUGCUUGUUGACCUUUGUGGAGAAAUAAGCCAUUUUAUCACUAACCAUAAGCUCUACUGACGCUCAUCAAAAGAUCUUUCUUGUUGGGUCUGCUAUGUCUAGUAGGCAUUUACCCUUCUCUGCGCCAUAUAUCCGCUUUCCUUGCAUAUCUUUCCCUCCAUUUGUUAUUAUCUUACUGUAUGUACUUCUUUGGUCUGAUGGGGGACCAUUUAACUACCCCAUCCGGUGUUUCUUUAUGGGCAAAAGUCAGAACUCCCUCUGACUUGGAGCUGAGGAGUCGUGGUUUCAAGAUCAAUACGUGUUCAAAUCACUCUCAACGGCAUGUCACUUCUCUUAUAGGGAUGCUACCUCCUAUACGUAACAUUUCACUUGCUAUCUUGCCCAACAGUCUGGUAUGAUUACACACUAGUCAUAUAUCUCUCAGCCCCAAGGUUAGCAUCCUUGCGAAAACUAAAGAAUGGCGCAAAUACAGAUUGUAACACUCCGAA